AUUCCUUUUAUCUGGCGGAGUAGAUCACGUGCAGGAGAUAAGGCUAUACAAUUACAUUUCUACCCUAACAUAUAAAAGAGGACUACAAGGGUAAACUUGGCUUUACUCAAAUCUCACAGUUGCUCUCAGUCGAUUAACAGUUACUCCAUCUCUGCCACGUGGUUCUCACCGGCGUUCGUGUUCAACUUCUCCGGCAACUUCUUCAAGCCAAGCUCGCAGUGAUUGUGCAUUAUUGACCGCAUAUAGCAUGUGAAGAUGGUGUUAUCAUCAGUAAUCCGACUUUUCUAGAAUUGGGAAAUGCCCGAGAUAACAAACAUAGCAAAAGAAAUAUCUGAAAAUGGGACAGAUUCAUCUCAGGAUGAUAUUGGCACUGUCGAGGAGAUUCCUGAGGACACAAUCUUAUCACGACAAACGUCCGUGAACCUUGUCCCUUUCAUUGGCCAGAGAUUUGUAUCACAGGAUGCUGCAUAUGAAUUUUACUGUAGCUUUGCAAAACAAUGUGGCUUCUCAAUCAGACGUCAUCGUACACGGGGGAAGGAUGGAGUUGGUAGGGGGAUUACAAGAAGAGAUUUUACAUGUCAUCGUGGUGGCUAUCCACAGCUAAAGCCUUCAGAAGAUGGCAAGCUGCAAAGGAAUCGUAAAUCAUCACGUUGUGGAUGCCAGGCAUUCAUGAGAAUUGUUAAAAGAGCAGAUGUUAAUGUCCCCGAAUGGCGGAUUACAGGUUUCAGCAAUGUUCAUAACCAUGAACUUUUAAAGUCAACUGAGUUGCAGCUUAUUCCUGCCUACUGCACCAUGUCUCCUGAUGACAAGAGUCGCAUUUGCAUGUUUGCGAAAGCUGGGAUGUCAGUUCAGCAAAUGCUGAGGUUGAUGGAGCUAGAGAAGGGAGUUAAGUUGGGUUGUUUACCCUUCACAGAGGUUGAUGUCAGAAACUUGCUACAAUCUUUUAGGAAUGUGGACCAGGAUAAUGACCCUAUUGACCUUCUCAAGAUGUGCAAGGAGAUGAAAGACAAAGACCCUAACUUCAAAUAUGACUACAAGAUAGAUUGUAAUAACAGGUUGGAGCAUAUUACUUGGUCUUAUGCUUCAUCGAUGAGGUUGUUUGAGGCGUUUGGUGAUGCCAUAGUAUUUGACAGUACUCACCGCUUGGAUGCCUAUGAUAUGCUUCUUGGGAUAUGGAUCGGAGUGGAUAACCAUGGUAGUCAUUGUUUCUUUGGUUGUGUACUCCUUCGAGAUGAAAAUUUGCAGUCUUUCUCCUGGGCAUUGAAGACAUUCUUGGGCUUCAUGAACGGCAAGGCUCCAGGAACCAUUUUGACUGAUCAAAAUUUGUGGCUCAAAGAAGCAAUUGCCACUGAAAUGCCAAGAGUAAAACAUGCAUUUUGCAUUUGGAAUAUAAUUUCUAGGUUUUCAGAUUGGUUUUCAACACUUCUCGGAUCCCAAUAUGAUAACUGGAAGGCAGAGUUCCAUCGCCUCUAUAAUUUACAUUCGAUUGAGGAAUACGAAGUGGAAUGGAAUGAGAUGGUUGAAACCUACCGGCUGGAUGGAAAUAAACACAUUGUCAGUCUAUAUGCUUUACGUUCAUACUGGGCGCUACCUUUUUUGAGAUCUUUCUUCUUUGCUGGAAUGACAAGUACAAUUCAGUCAGAGACAAUAAAUACUUAUAUCCAGAGGUUUUUGAGUGCUCAAUCUGCACUUGAUAAUUUUGUGGAGCAGGUUGCUCGGGUUGUAGAUGCUAAAGAUCAAGCAGGAGCAAAACAUAUGGUACAGAGAAAUGUUCAGAAGGUUCCCCUGAAAACAGGUUCACCAAUAGAGUCUCAUGCUGCAACUAUUCUUACACCAUAUGCCUUCUCAAAACUACAAGAGGAGCUUGUUUUGGCACCACAAUAUGCAUCACUGAUGGUCGAUGAAAGUUACUUCGUCGUGAGACACCAUAAGGAAAUAGAUGGGGCUUACAAAGUACUCUGGGUUCCGCAUGAUGAGUUCAUUAGCUGUAGCUGCCAUAAUUUUGAGUUUACUGGUAUUCUCUGUAGGCACGUGCUUCGUAUUCUGUCAACUAACAACUGUUUUCACAUUCCAGACCAAUAUCUGCCCAUUCGCUGGCGUGAGUUGACCUCAUCUUUGGCUAAGCCCACCCUUUUUACUCUACCAAGUGAUAAUAUGGGAAAAGUUCAGUUAUUGCAGUCCAUGAUUUCGACACUGAUUACUGAAUCAGUUGAAACCGAAGAACGCCUCAAUGUUGUUUGUGAUGAAGUUUCUACAGUUAUAUCUCGCAUUAAAGGGUUUCCUACAGCAUCCGAUGGGGGUAAUGCUAUUGCAUAUGAGAGCCCAUCAGACUCCCUGAUUCUUGCAGAAGUUGAGGAUUCUGAAGGCAUUGGUCAGAGUUUCACAGGCAACCCUCAUGAGUGUAUAAAUUCGGGAAAGUUGAAAGAAAGAGGAUCCAGAGAUGGACUGUAUCUUUACGGGAAGAGGAGGCGUUUUUCCAUUCCAUGUUGUGGGCAGUAUGACCAUGAUGCAAAUGAUUGUCCAAUGAUGGAAGAUGAAGAUUUGAAUGGAGAUAGACUUGGCUUUUUAUAGUCGAAAUGUUAUGAAAUGGAGCUAGCCCUUCGAGGAAGUAGGCAUAUGUAUUAUCCACUCUGUUCAUAGACUGAAGUUUCUCCUCUAAAUGCAAAUCUUUUACACCUUUAAA